GUAUUAUCAAUGGAUUCGUGUUUUUCACUUAAAAGUUCUUUCGCUGUUUUUACUUUCUUUUCUGUUGUUUCAUUUUCAGUUAAUUGCUGUUUCAUAACAUGCCACGGAGUAGCAUCAUUGGGUAAGCGUUCAUUUGAAGCUUUGGAUCCCUUUGCCCUUGUAUAUCUUGUCAUGAUCUGAAAUAAAAUUAUUAUGAUAUCAACGUUUUUUUUUUUUUUUUUAAUAUUAAAAUAUAAUAAAUAAAUAUAUUUAUCGAUUAGAUACUUACUAUCUAUAUCUAAAGAAAGAUCCAAACAAUAUUAUAACCUAACUUUUUGCACACGUGUAUCAUAUAGAAAGAGGACGAUAUAUGGUAAUAAUUUGAAUUAUUCACUAACAAUAUUACAAGUUAUAAAUUUAUAAAAUCUUUUGCAAUAUAAAUAAAUAUACAUAACAUUUUUAUCUCACUUUAUUAUUUUCUAUUAUUGCCAAUAUUUGGCAAACGUUUGAAACAGCUUGAUGUCACUAAAAGGUUUCUAUCAACUGUGUUGUAAAAUACUUUACUACUUUAUAUAACCUAUAUAUAGUAGAGUUAUCAAUAAUCAAUUAAAAUAUUGUUUGUGUUGCAAAGGAUAUUUAUAAUAAAAAGGAUAAUUCGAACAAUGGCAUCUAAUAAAAAUUAUUAGGCAAUAGUUUACUGUAUUAUAUCCCUAAAUGUAAUUAUAAUAUCAACAUAAUGAUAUUGAAAUGGUACCAUUCUUAUUCUGCUCUCUUUAAAUAUACAAAGCAAUUGACAAUCAAUAGAAAUUUUUCAACAAUAGUUAAUGUGAAUAAAAGCCCAAAUGAAUUAAAACUUUUAGGACAAAAAUAUUUGAUAGAUGAAUGGACAAAUGUCACGCCACAAAUUAUUUCAAAAUUAGGAUGUAAUUUACAUAUUAUUCAAUAUCAUCCGUUGUCUCUUGUACGUCAACGGGUGAUUGAUUAUUUUUAUAAAAAUUAUCGUAGCAGAACUGGAAACCCAUUAUUUAGCGUAUUCGACAAUUUAAAUCCUAUAGUCACUGUUGCACAAAAUUUUGAUUCUUUACUCAUUCCCAAAGAUCAUCCUAGUAGAAAGAAAAAUGAUUGUUAUUACAUCAAUCAUGAUACUUUACUGAGGGCUCAUACAACUGCUCACCAAGCAGAUCUCAUUUCAAUGGGAUUAAAUAAUUUUCUUGUAGUUGGUGAUGUAUAUCGUAGAGACGAAAUAGAUUCUAUUCAUUAUCCUGUUUUUCAUCAAAUCGAUGCUGUUAGAAUAUGUACAAGAGAAGAAAUAUUUAAAAAUGUAAAUGGUUCAGGUGACUUAAAGCUAUUUGAUUCUAGAGAAGUAGAAUCAGUGGAAAAACAAGGCUCUCAUACUUUAGAGUCUGUAAAAAUAAUGGAGCACGAAUUGAAAGGUUGUUUAGUAGGCUUGGCAAAAGCAAUUUUUGGGCAAGAUAUACAAUGUCGAUGGAUCGAUCAAUAUUUCCCAUUUACGCAUCCGUCGUGGGAAUUAGAAGUUUUCCAUGAAAAUAAAUGGCUAGAAAUAUUAGGCUGUGGAAUUAUAAGACAAAGUAUUCUAAAUAAAUCUGGAGCAGGAGAUCGCAUGGGAUGGGCAUUUGGAAUGGGUUUAGAACGUCUAGCUAUGUGUCUUUACAAUAUACCAGACAUAAGAUUGUUCUGGAGUACUGAUACUGGUUUUUUAAAUCAAUUCAAAGUAGAUGAUGUUAAUAAAAAGAUACAAUACAAGGCCAUCAGCAUUUAUCCACAGUGCAGAAAUGAUAUAAGUUUUUGGUUACCAGAAAAUGAUCAUUAUACUUCAAAUAAUUUUUAUGAACUAGUUAGAGAAAUUGGAGGUGAUAUUAUUGAACAAGUUAUAUUGAAUGAUGUAUUUGCGCACCCUAAAACCAAAAGAAUAUCUCAUUGUUAUACUAUAGUGUAUAGGCAUAUGGAACGUACAUUAUUAAAAACAGAAGUUAAUGAUAUUCAUCAUAAAAUAGAGAAAGCUGCAACAGAGAGAUUUCAUGUUACUAUACGAUAAUGGAACAAAUAAAGCUUCAUAAUUUAUGUAGUUUGAUGAAUGUCUAUUUUAUUUAUAAUAUAUAACACUUGAAGGAAAUAAAAAAAAAAAAAUCAAUGGAAGGAAUAUAAUAUUUUAUUUAUGCAUAAAUUAAUUAUAAAUGUAUUAUGGAACAAACAAUAUUUAUCUAAGAACAACUAUAUCAUCUAUAGUGUUUUAUUAACAUUAUGAUUAAUAACAAUUACAAGUAGCUCCUGCAUGCAUAUUUAACAUAUAUUUGUAUACAAAAUGUUUGCCAAUUUUAUACCUUACUUAACAACUUAGGUAUAAUAAAUAAGAGAUGUUUAAUGCAAAUAAUAUUGAAUUAUUUUUUGAUUGAAUUAAAUUCAUUGCACAAAUAAAGUGUAUCUUAAUAGAUAAAAUAUGCAUUAGUUUACAACAAAUUAAUAAAAUAAAAAAAAGUUGACAAAAAUUUUCUAAUAUUUUAGAUAAGAAAUUAUAUGAACAUAUAUUUUAUAAUUUUGAUUUAUAAUUAUGAUUUCAAAACUGUAAUUGAAGUGGCAUUUAUUUUGGAAAGAAUCAAUCUACAAGCAUUGAACUAAAUAUUGUCUACUUUCUAUCAUGCCACAUAUAAUAUUUUACAAAUAUAUUUAAUAUAAAAAUAUUAUAAAUUAUUUGUUAAUUUUGCAAAUAUAAAUAUAAUAACAUCAAAAAUAUAAUAAAAUUCAUAAAAAUUAUGAAUGCCAUGCAAUCUUAUAUGAUAGAAGACUAGCAUGGAAGAAAAGAUUUGAUUAAUUUAUAUUAACUAAUAAAUAGAUCAUAACAACAAAAUUAUUAUUAAUAAUAUUCACAUAAAUCACAUAAAAAUGCAAGAUCUGUACUAAAAGCUUCUUUUGUAAUGAGAUUUCUGUUCGCAAUUAGAAAUUAAUUUGCACUAUAAUUCGAAGCAAAUAUAAAUAGGGCAUCGUGUUAAUCAAUGAUUUAAAUUAUAUUGAAUUUGUUUUUUUUUUCAGUCGAUUUUAAUUAAGACAGCCCUGAUUGACUAUAAAUAUUGAUGUAAUAAAUAUCCAAUGUAAUUUACAACAUUGAAGAACUUUAAGUUCUGCAAUCCAUAUUUUGAAAUAUAUAUUAAUAUUUUUUGCUUAGAAUUUAUACAAAAAUAGUUGAUGGAUAAAAUGGUGCGUAUACCUUUUUAUGUAAAAUUUUCAACAGCAUUUUGAAAUCGAUUAAUCGAAUUAAUAAUUUGAAAAAAUAACCGACAUACGAACAUGAAUAUUUUUGCUGUAAUUUUAUAUAAAUUAAUAUUUUAUCGCUUGUAAUACUUUUGGUAUAAUAAGACUGAUAUAUGUACCUCAUGAUAAUUUGGUAUAACUCGGAGGAGAGAAUUUUUUUCUUAAAAACUUCAGAAUAUAUAGCGGCAUACAAGAAACUAAAGUGAUGACUAACACUUUCCAUAAAAAAUCAGUUGUCUUGAUAAAUUCAGCAUCUGUUUUAAAGAGAGAAAGAGAGAAAGAGAGAGAGAGAGAGAGAAAGUACAAUUACAGAUUAUUAUAUUUUACUAAUAAUAUUGCAAUAAAUCAAAAAUUAAAUAGAAAGAAUUACACUUACCAAAAUAGUCUUUUAAUACAACUAAAGACAAUAAAUAGAGUGCCAAAGAAAAGAUCUCUGCUAAGAUCAUAAUAUGAUGCCAUGUUCUAAUUGUUAAGGCAACCAUGAUUAAUUCUGUCAAAACUAAUGCAGAAAAGCUGAUAGCUACUAUGUGAAUGAAUUCAUCUUCAAACAUAAUAAGUGCACCAUACAUUAUUACUCCUCCUGAAAAAUAAAUCUUUGUAUAAUAAUUAUAUUUUAUCUAUACACUAUAUAUUAAAUGAUUACUCUAUUUCAUACCUUGAUAUAUGCUUAUCAAUACCCACAUAAAGAAUGUUUUAUAAGAAAGUGAUCGACCUUUACUGAGUUCUUUAUAAAGCUCUGGAUAAGUAAGUGCUAUUUUUCCUGACACAUCUUUAUCUAAUACCAGAGAAAAAACAGGAAACAUUGUAUAGAUUGUAGCAUAUCUGUAAGAAAUAUUUUAUAACAUAUAAUAAUUAAUUAAUUUAUUACAAGUAUAUAAUAGAAAAUGAUAUUUUUAAUAUAUAUGAUAUA